GUCUCGACUCUGCGACCCUGAGGAGACAUCGUUAUUAUUCAUCCAUUCAGAAUGGAUCACGUGAUAAAUGCAACGAUCCUCCUGCUACUAUUCAUGGCGACGUCUUCUGGUUAUUCUGUCGAGCAAGAUUUCGAUUCCGAGGAAAGUUGUCAUUCUACGAUUGUACGGCCACAGAGAUACUCGAAGCAAGUGCGAAGCUAUCAUAUCAGGCAAGAGAGAACGAACGAUUCUGUUCGAAGGAACAGAAAUCGAGGAUCAAGAUCGACGGAGACGGUCGAACAAAUUCGUAUGCGAAUCUAUCAUCUUAAACUCUUCCUUUUCAUACCAGUGAAAUAUUAACAACUAAUUAAAACGAGAUUUACAGACAAUUCGUACCAAGAGCCUCUAAAAGAUCAUCAGACGGAAGCGGGAAACCAUUCUCAAGAGCUCUUCUCUUCCAACAGCGAUCACAUCGAAAUCGGAGAAACUUUGAUGAAGGAAAAGACUUACGUCCCAGAGAGCAACGAAAUAACCUUGCUUGGAGUCCACUCCAACGAUCAAGUUCUAGAUCAUCACGAGGACGCAUACAAAUUGGUGACAGUGAAGAAAAUAGCUGUACCCUAUCCCGUAGAGAAAACGAUACGAUAUCCGAUAGUGAAGAACGUGCCUUAUCCUGUCAAGGUGCCGGUACCCCAACUUUAUCCAGUGGAGAAGAAGGUGCCAUAUCCGGUCAAAGUUUUCAUCAAGGUCCCGCUCAAAAUACCAAAACCUGUGCCAGUGAUUAAAGAGGUACCUUACCCGGUCCAGGUACCCGUGGAUCGUCCGGUGCCUGUCAAGGUCUACGUUCCUGAACCUUAUCCAGUUGAAAAGAAGAUCCAUUAUAAAGUAAAAGUACCGGUGCCCGAACCGUACCCUAUCGAACGAAAGAUACCUGUACCGAUAAAGGUACCUGUAGAGGUCGUUCAACCGUAUCCUGUCGAAAAGAGGGUACCCUAUCCGGUGAAGAUCGAGGUUGAGCAACCGAUACCUGUCCCAGUACUUAAGCCAUAUCCCGUGCCUGUGCCCAAGCCGGUUCCUUAUCCUGUCGAUAAACCGGUACCUGUACCCGUGAAAGUUAAGGUUCCACGGCCUGUACCUGUGCCGGUUGAUAAACCUGUCUUCGUCAAAGUGAAAAUUCCCGUACCGGCACCCUAUCCAGUGGAAAAAGAGGUACCUUAUCCUGUCGAAAAACCUGUACCUGUACCGGUGAGGGUACCAGUCGAGCGGCCAGUACCCGUACAAGUACCUAAACCUGUGCCCUAUCCUGUAGAGAAGCCAGUCCCUUAUCCCGUUAAGGUGCCAGUUGAGAUACCGGAGGAGGAGGUGGCACCAAUCGUAGACGAGUCUGGGAUCGAAAGUGAUUGGAAGGAGUGAAUAUAUAGAUAGAAGAUAUUAGGACGAUUGAUUAAUCAGCGCGAAAUUCGAAAAAUUUUU